AUGAAGCAAAAGCAAGCAAGAAAAGACGUCGAAAUUCUCCAUUUUAUCUCUACUUUAUAUCUUUUGCGGACGGAUACAUGGCCUCAAUUUAAGCAAAACGAAUACUCUCUCAGGAUGAGCAAUAGCACUACUUUAUCGUCGACUCUGAGAAACCCGCACUAUCACCCACCCGCGUCGGAGAAAACGAGCAGAAAUCAUCAUCAUCAGACAACAACCGUUAAAUCGGUUUUAUGCGAAAAGCACAUGCUCGUCGCGAUAUUCGCCUUAUCCUCCAAUUUCCUCGUCACCAUGCUCAUCGUGGUCGUGAACAAACUGUUAUUCACGGAAACGAAGUUCCCAGUGAUCACGUUAUCCGCAGCGCACAUGAUCGUGUGCGUGAUAUUUACGACGAUGUGCAGCCGAUUGCAAAUAUUCGAGAGGAGGAAGAUGGACAACAAGAGCGUGAUGGCGCUGGUGGCAUUUUUACAAUCGUCGGCGAUAUGUCUCGGGCAAGCGAGUUUGAAGAUGAAUUCGGUGGCGUUUUUUCAACUGACGAAACAAAUGCAAGUACCUUUAGUCGCGAUGGUGGAGUAUUUCUUUUUAUCGAGGACGGUUUCGAGGGACAAGAUGUGUUUGCUCGCGAGCAUGGUUUUGGGGGUCUCGAUCGCGUGUUUCAACGACGUUCAGUUUACGAGUUUUGGGGCUGUUAUCGCGUUUGUUGGGGUGUGCGCGACGAGUGUAGAGGUGGUUUUAUACUCGUGGUUGCAACAAACGCAUAGGUGGGAGACGUUACAACUGUUGCAUCAAACGAUGCCGUUCGCCGCGAGCGGCUUAACGUUGGCGGCGGUAGAGGUGGAUUUUUUACAACCAAGAGGGAUGGGCGCGUAUAAUUUCCUCAAGAACUUUGCGAAUAUGUUUUACAUUGGGAACAACGAGGCAGUCAUAAACCCGGAACAAUUUGGCGAGGUUGGACGGAUGAAAGCGACAGAAUUGGCGGUGGACCAAUCGUUCUUUAACAUGUUCGAAAUGUCCUCCUACGCGUGCUUUCUGUUCUUGGUGAGUUGCGCGUUAGGUAUGGGCGUCAACGUCUCGUCCUGCUUCGUCGGUGGGAAAGCGAGCGCUUUAGCGUACGCCAUGUUAGGUUUGACCAAAACGAUUACGGUCAUCGCCAUCGGAGUCUUGUAUUUCGACGCGCCGCCGAGUUACCGCGUGGUUUUUGGAGGUUUAUUCGCCGUCGCCGCGAUUGUCGUCUACUCAGUCGUCACCUUGCGCGAGAAGCAACAGCAAAUGAUGAGUAACAUAAAUAGCAGCAGCAACAAUAACGGGGUAGAGAUCCCGGACGUUCUUCUGGACGAAAUCGAAGUAGGUAUUGAACCGGCGACGAUCAGCCCAAAAGUCAGUAAUUUCAACAGCCGAGGAGACGGAAGCGCAAAGAAGCACGGGUUUUAA